AUGACAGGAUGUCGGUUUGUUGAUACCAUAGAAAUCACUGAUGCACUAUUAAUGGGUCUUCUGCAAAUCCAACUUCAGUCAGAAAGAAAGUCAACAUUUUCAUUAUCAUUAUUGCCACUGGCCCUGGCAAAUGCAAGAGUGAUUGAUGUCUGCAUCAUUGACCAAAGAGCUGGUGCCCGUGGUCGUGAGAGUCCUAGUAGCUAUUUGUACUUUGAUGCUGAUCAGGCCAAGGUCGAGUUUGGAGAGGUAAUGGCCUCUUACCUAAAACUUAGCCCUGACGGGUUGAAAGUUCUCUGGCCUCAACCCGCCAAUGACCCAAACACCCACAAAAUCGCAUCAAUAUUUGGCCUCGCUCAAACUUAUGACACGACCUCAGGUGUCAUCAACAAUGUGAUGUUGAACUGGAGCAUCUUCCUUCUGGGUUGGGGAGGCAUCUUCUGGGUCAUGCUCAUGAGACACUAUGGUCAGCUGCCAGUGCUCUUCUGAAGUCAGGU